GAGACCCUGUCUCAAAAGUGGAUGGAAACGAAACAAUGUCUCAUGUAGCCCAGGCUGUCCUCCAACUGCCUACAUCACUAGGGCUAUCCCUGAAUUGGUGAUCCUUCAGCCUUUACCUCUGGAGUACUGGGGUGACAGGCGUACUCGCUGGGCCGAGGACGUGCGUGCCCCCUCCGCGCGCGCACACGCACAAGCAUAACACGCGGGCCCCGUGAGCGCACGUGUGUUUCUGGAGCAUGGGAGUCAGGAGGCGUGCAGGCGAAUGCUCGCUGUCCUUGCAAGUGUCCCCAUGUGGGCAGCGACGGUGUUUUGGUUUUUUGGAGGGGUGGCAGGCUAAGAUUGUCCCCAGUAAGUCUUCAGCCUCCCGGACCUCGCGUGGCACAGGUUGCCUGUGGUAUGUGUGUGUGCGACAGUGUGACAGCCUGCAGGUCACCGCGGCCAUGUGUCGCGCGUGGUUGUUCUGGGUGCAGGCAGAUCCCCUUGCCCGGGCCUCCCUGCCCCCACCCUGGCCGGCGAGCGCGAAGCCGAGACGCGGAGGUUCCAGGCGCGCAAGAAAGGCUGCCCGGGCGCGCCCCGCCUCCUCCCCCAGGGCUCGGCUGGGCGGACGCCGGCCUUUCCCAUUUCCUGCCGGGCCCGCCGCCCCCUCCCCCAGUUUCCUCUCCGCGCCGCGGGGCUGCCGACUGCUUGGUGCCUGAAAGGCCGUCUGGGAUCCUGGGCCACCGAGGACGGCAGCUCUUUGGAGCCUCUGCUCUUGACGAGGCACUGGGCCCAGAGGGAGAGGAGAAAGAGGCAGGUCGCCGUGGCUUCGCCUGUGAACCUCGACCCAGACCCGAGGCACCCGAGGCACCUGAGGCUUGGGACACCACAAAGGACAGAAAGAGACACCAGGAGAUUCCAAGAAUGGGAGCCACGGGGGCCAGGCUGCUGUGGUCAUGUCUCCUGCUGCUGUUGGCCCUGCUCCACAAGUCAGGGAGUCAAGAUCUCACCUGCAUGGUGUCCCCAAGGAAUGUGAACUGGACCCAGACAUUCAAUGACAUCUGCCUCAAUUUCAGUGGCCUUGGUCUAUCCCGACUGAGGACCCAGCCCCUGCAGGCCAGCCGUGUGCAAGUUCUGGACCUGUCUAGGAACGGGCUGCAGGCACUCCCCGGGGUCUUCUUCGCCAGCCUGGGGAAGCUGCAAACCCUGAUUGUCACCCACAACCCUCUAGCCAUUGUGGACCGGUCGCUGGCCCUGCGUUGUGACCUGGAGCUUAGGGCUGACUGCAGCUGUGGACUGGCCUCUUGGCACGACAUUCGCAGGAACAAUUGCUCUGGAGAGCAGGAGCUGCUGUGUCUGCCCCCCGACACUGGAGCCCUGAGGAACCUCUCCAUCUUCCUCCGGGUCAGCUGUCCCUCCAGUUUGGCCCCGGGUGUCAUUGGCGCCCUUGUGGCAGGGACUGUCUUCCUGAUUGUGGCUGUCAGUGGAUCUGUGCUGGCCUGGAGACUUCGGCGGCACCAAGGAACCAGUAGCCAGGGCUUCAGCAAAGACCAGAGGUCAUACAAUGUCCCCAGACAGGUGACAGACUUCCAGCCAAGGCACAUCAGUGAGACACUGGACCCCAAGGCCCCGGAUACGUCACCAGGCGGGUCCAUGCUGGACUAUGAGAAUAUCUUCAUAGAUGCACUGGACGAGGACUGCUCGUGGACAGCACCCAGGAGCUCUUCUGGAGACACAGAUUUCUACAUGAAUUACAAUGGUGCCGGCCUGGACCCUCAGCCUGUCUACUGCAACCUGGAGACCCUGGGAAGGGCCCCAGCAUAGGAGAAGUGGGUGGCCCUGACUCUGAGCCCAGCCUCCCCUCUGUGGGAGGAGCCUUGAGACUCUGCCCCUGCAGCCCGGUGCUCCCCAGGACUGGCAAUGUCAAAGGGGACAUGAGGACUUUGAGGCCUCUCCAGUCAGUGUGCAAAAGAAGCUGUGGGCCCUCAGGGUCAGCCCCCUAGCCCCCUUCCCCCCUUGCCCUCCCUGCUCCUCCUCCCCCCCUUCCCUCCCCCUGCACUCCUGCCUCCCCUAAGCUCCACCCUCCUGUCCUCCCUGCCCUCCCUGCCCUCCUCUGCCUCCCCUCCCACCCAGAGCUCAGGGGUCCUGGGCCAGGGCUUGGAACUGAUGUGACUCCCCUGCCGCUCCUUGAGUCCCUUCACUUCCUUCUGUCCUUCCCACCCGGGUCACUGCUCACCAAACAGACAUACAAACGAAACAAGCCCGCCCAAAGAGGGCCUCAAGGCUGUGGUGCUGCUCUUGGUUGUCAACCUGACUGCAUCUGGAAUCGAUUAAAACCCAAAACGGAGGGCGCCCCCCUGAGGGAUCGCUGCGUAACUCCAAGUGGGAAGAUGUGCUGCUUUUUCUUCUUUCUUUUUGUUUUGUUCUUCAAGACAUGGUUUCUCUGCAGCCCUGGCUGUCCUGGCACUCGCUCUGUAGACCAGGCUGUCUUUGAACUCACAGAGAUCCACCUGCCUCUGCCUCCUGAAUGUUGGGUUUGAAGGCGUGCACCACCAACGCCUGGCCUGGAGCUCCACUUCGUCUGAACCUAUGAGAUGUCAGACACAUGGUUUUUAUCUGGAUUUUGAGUCCGGAAAACAGGCCUUUAAUCUGGGCCACACCUUCUGCUGGAAGUCUAAUAGGACAUAGAAGAAGAAAACAUUCGAUCUGUCUGCUUGCCCUCAACUUGCGAGCACAUCUAUUCCUUCCCUGGCAGAGGAACCUACUUCUUCAAGACUCCAGUACAUACUGCAGACCAGCUGAGACACCCAGCCGUGUAGACUGAACAACCACUGGAUUCUUUCUGUUCACAGCUUGCCAUUGUUGACUGCCUGGACUGCAGCCUGUAAAUCCUUCAAUAAACCCUUUCCCUACA